UGUAGGGAGGGCUUCUCUUCUUACUCCAGCAACGAUGCUGCUUCUCAUCUUCCAACAAUGCAUAAAAUUCCUCACCCUGCCCAUCCAUGUGCUUGCCUAUUUUGGAUUAUGGGACCCUAUUUGUAAAAAAAUAUUCCCAUUUUUCAUGCUGGCAUUGAGCAAAAUCUACAAUAUAAGAAUGCAUAAGAAAAAGGAGACGCUGUUCAAAAACCUGCGGGACUUCGCUGACGACUCGGGAAAGCUCCACCUGCUGGAGAUCGGCGUGGGCCCCGGCACCAAUUUUCGGUUUUAUCCACCAAACUCACGCGUUACCUGCGUGGACUACAAUCCCAACUUUAGAAACUUCCUCCUGAAGAGCAUGGCUCAGAAUACGCACCUGCAGUUCGAGAAUUUUGUGGUCGGCUCUGCCGAGAACAUGUCUUCAGUACCAGACGGCUCUGUGGACGUGGUGGUUAGCACGCUGGUGCUUUGCUCUGUCAAGAAUACCCAGGCUGUGCUGAAGGAGGUUCUGCGAGUGCUCAGACCGGGUGGUGUAUACUGUUUCAUGGAACAUAUAGCAGCUGACAGAUCAACCUGGACCUACUUCUGGCAACAAGUCUGUAACCCUACCUGGAAAUAUGGGGGAGAUGGGUGCUCCUUGUUAAGAGAGCCCUGGAAAGAUUUGGAGAAUGCGGAGUUUUCUAAACUGAACUUGCAACACUUCAUAGCCCCAAUAUUCCUAAGUGUGAUUUGUCCCCAUAUUUAUGGAUACGGUGUGAAGUAAUUGUUCAAUCUGGAAAAAAGCGUCUUUCAGAUUUCUGAGUUUAAGGAAUUAACACUAACAAUACAUAUACUGCUAUAAGAAAAGGGUUUCCUCUAUUUAUAUGAUUCAGAAUGGAGAAAGGUUCCUAAAAGUUCAGGCUGCACUAAGCCUAAAUGGUACCUUGGAUCAGGUUUGGAGGGAGGGCAAAUAAUAAAGAUAAAAAUUAAUAUAAAAGAAAAAAUCAAUCCAAAGACUAUUUGGGGGGGGUCAAACUCGCCGCGUCACGUGACAUGCAACGACAUUUUCCCCCUUGCCGGAGCUGGGGUAGGCACAGCUUCCAUGUGACACAUCCGGCCCGUGGGCUGGCAGUUUGAUACCUCUGCUCUAACUUAAGCAGAAGUGGAGGAGAGACUCUUGCUUAAAUAGUACUUCAGGCAGAAGCUUUGAUGGCCUUUAGGCAGUGGUGGGAUUCAGCCAGUUCAGCAGAACAGGUAGUUAAUUGUUUGUUGCCCAGGCCGAGAAUGGACUGCCGGAAGUGGCAUCCACACAGUGAAGCGGUUGUUCACAUAUUUGAAUCCCACCACUGGGUAGAAGGUUACAAUAACAUCAUUCCUGAAGAUCUCUCUUACCUUUCUCAGCUUCUUACUGCCUAUACUUGUAGAGUGGAUAAAACUGCAUAUAUUGACAUGGAAUUAGACUGAAAGCUAAGGCUUAGCAUUUAGAAACUGAUAAUGUUGUAUCAAAGCUUGCUAACUGCUGAAUUAUGUAUUAUUUCCUAGUUUUACUUAUCAUGCUUUUCAUUUUCAAUAAAAACAGGGUUUGGGUUUUUUUUUCCCUCUGGUGAA